UCUUUCAGAGAGAGGGAUGUGUAUGUUAUGAGAGGAGGAUCUCAUGUUUUGUAUGGCUGCACUUUCCAAAAAUAUACAACAUUUUAAUCUCAGAAAUGUUGUCAGCGAAGCCCUUUCGGGCUGCAUGCUCAUCCUGGGCUGUACUGAUGUGGACGAACCGAUUGUGUAUUUCUAAAGUGUGUAUGUCUACCAGCUUCUCCAUGAAGGACACAUGGCACUGCAACAGGAACACCAGAUCACUGCUGAAGGCGAGAGGACUGACCUGCAACACUAAUCAAUCCAGUACGCUAUGGAAUAACUGUUCAAGUCGAAGCAAAAUGAGCUGCUGGAGCUGUAAACAACCUCUUGACAAAACACCUGCAUUCUUCUGUGUGUCAUGUAAAGUGGUGCAGCCCCCUGAAGAGGGAACAUCUUACUUCAAAAUCAUGGCCUGUGACUACACAUUCACACUGGACACACAGCAGCUACAGAAAAAAUAUCUGCAGCUCCAGAGGUUGCUACAUCCAGACAACUUCAGCCAGAAAUCUGUGACGGAGCAACAGUAUUCAGAAAGCCAGUCAGCUCUCGUGAACAAGGCAUACUCCACUCUGCUUAAGCCUUUGAGUCGCGGUCUUUAUAUGCUGGAGCUGGAAGGGAUGCAUAUAAAGGAGGGUACCGAAUCCGCUCAUUCUGCAUUUUUUAUGGAGUUGAUGGAGAUCAAUGAAGCUCUCGAUGAGGCACAGACUCCAGAAGAAGCCAACAAGAUCGGCCAGGACACAAAAGGGAAACUGGCAGAGCUGACAAUGCAGAUAGACACAGCCCUCCGUAAAGGGGAGCUUCAGAAUGCCCAAGCGCUUCUCAUCCAGAUGAAAUACUUUGCAAACAUUGAAGAGAAAGUCAAGGAAAAACUCUGUCAUUUCAUGUAGUUUUUACCCUUUUUUUUGUGCCACACUAUUUAACCUUUUUAGACACUUUUUGUUACAUUUGUCUGGAAUUAUGUAAAAUGAUGUGAUUGUUCAAGUUGAAUGAUAAAACUUGUACUAUAAUGCACAACUGAAUAAAUGGUGACUAAUACAUAA